AGCCUGUCAAGAUACUCGAUUUGCACCUCUCCCAACCACAACACCAGGACAAGACCGCACCUGGAAUUGAAUAAUCAAAAUCUUCAUCAUGGGUACCGCGAAGAAAGUCCGCAAGUUUGGCGCCGUAAGAUCCCCAUUCAAUCGACUCCCCAGCAGCACAGCUAACCCCCACCAGGUCAAACGCCUCAUCGGCCAAAACGAUGCCCGCUUGAAGAAAAACCAAACCAAAGCCGAAGACGAGUCCAAGAAGAAAUCCGCCGAGUCGCAAAUCGUCCGCGAAGUCCCCCAGGUCUCCUCCGCGCUCUUCUUCCAAUACAACACCGCCCUCGUACCACCCUACUCCAUCCUCCUCGACACCAAUUUCCUGUCGCACACCGUCCAGCGCAAACUGCCUCUUCUAGAAACUCUGAUGGAUACACUGUAUGCGAACUGUAUCCCCGUGAUCACGUCGUGUGUUAUGGCGGAGUUGGAGAAGCUGGGGCCGAAGUAUAGGAUUGCGUUGAGGAUUGCGAGGGAUGAGAGGUGGACGAGGAUGCAGUGUGAUCAUAAGGGGGUGUAUGCUGAUGAUUGUAUUGUGGAUCGGGUGAUGAAGAGUAAGAUUUAUAUUGUGGCGACGAAUGAUAGGGAGUUGAAGAGGAGGGUGAGGAAGGUGCCGGGUGUGCCGAUUAUUAGUGUGGCGAGGGGGAAGUAUGUGGUUGAGAGGUUACCGGAUGCGCCUGAGAAGUAGAUUGUGGGGUUUCUAUGGAAAAAUCGAGAAGGCAUUGCAUGGCGUUUUGGGGUGGGAGGUUACUUUGGGCGUUCUGGCUGCACGGGCUAAGGGGGCGUGAAAAGUCUGCUCUUUGCUCAUAGAAAUUGUAAGGCAGCUUUGAGGACUGGAACUUUGGCUGAGAUGAGCCUUUCAUAGAAGGGUUCACAAAGAUCAGAACAUAAAAGGCUCAAGGGCUAUGAUGUUACUUCCAAUCCGCGAAACUUGAUGGGUCCAUUUCAACGGACUUCUAGGCAGAACACGGGAAUCUUCUAUCGAAUUCUCUUUCAACAUCUCAAGGCGCCUCUAGAAAUCGUUGUCCUCUUUCUGGCCGUCCAGUGGUGGUACCUGAAUAGCCGUAGUGAUGAUUUCCUCGCGCUCAACUCAAGAACCCCAAUAUCGAUCAGCCUCUGCAAACAUGACUCUACCUCAUCUUCCAUCAUCGAACAGAAGUGGACGUUAAGCCUUCGAUUUCCUCAGUCCAAAGUGCACCCACAUGACACUUAGUUGGAAUCUGAAAUAGGGCAUACUCUGGGCGCAUAGCCUAGCCGAUAUGGCCCCGGGGAAGAUGGGACGGGAUAGGAACUCAAGGCUCGCCUAAAAAGGCAGCUAGUAAACAAAAGUCACGGCUGAAUCACUCCCGAAGUAACGACCUCAAACGGGGACUCCGAUUCAAGUAAGCCUCGCAUCAAUGAUUUAUAUGUUAUUUUAGUCGAACAAUCUAUUCAAUAUCUGAUCAA